AUGUUCGAAAACAUAAUCUCCUCCCGAAUAGACGUCAAACCGCGCGCGGUCUAUGAGCCUGUCUCUAGAUCGACCGCUCCAAAUAAUAUAAUCGACAUCAGCUCCGCAAAAACAGAAACCGAGCUCCGAAGUUCCUUACAAGAUAGUAUCCAAGCAGCAUGCCAUGGCGAAGCUGCUAUGCCCGACCUUCUCCUAUGGGACAAGAAGGGAUUGCAGUACUUUGAAGAUGUGACUUAUACGCCGUCAUACUACUUGACGAAUGAGGAGAUUGGUAUUUUAGAGGAGCAGAAGCAUCAGAUCGCGCAGCAUAUUCAGCCGGGGAGUAUGAUUAUUGAAUUGGGGAGUGGCAAUCUACGCAAAAUCAAAAUCUUGCUCGAGGCUCUCGACGAUCUAGGCCGCGAUGUAGAUUACUUCGCUCUCGACGUCUCCCUUCACGAACUCCAACGUACCCUCAACGUGGUCCCGCCGGGUACGUUCCGGCACAUCCGCUGCUUCGGACUUUUGGGGACAUACAAUGAUGGCCGUCAGUGGCUGCAGCGGGCCGAGCUCGAAUCGCGCCCGAAAGUUUUAGUAUCACUGGGAUCGACGGUGGGCAGCAUGCAGCGAUCCGAGACCGCGGGGUUUUUGUCAGGCUUCAUCGGCCCCGGAGAAUCGAAUCGAUCUUUCCUACUUGGUCUAGACGGUUGCAAAGAUCAAGAACGAGUACUAGCUGCGUAUAACGACAAGCACGGUAAUAAUCACAGAUUCAUCAAGAAUGGAUUGGAAAGAGCCAACGAUAUCCUUGGUCAUGAAGCUUUCGACCUUGGAAAAUGGGAUGUUGUUGGGUCCUGGGAUCACGAAAAUGGGAGCCAUAGCCAGUACUAUUACCCCAAGACGGAUGUGUGGCUAGGUGGAGAGGUGGUCCCAGCUGGACGAAGGAUAUUGGCUAUAAAGAGCCAUAAAUAUGAUGCGAAUGAUGCCCAUGCGCUGCUGGAAAAGGCUAGGUUGGAUGUUGUUGAUGCGUGGGGUUCGCGGAAUCAGUAUAACGUUCUUUUCUUGAAGAGUGCAUGA